CUCCUCCCUCCCGCUCCUCCCUCCGGCUCCUCCCGGGCGGGCGGCGCUCCGGCCCGGGCAGUGUCAGUCACAGCCGCGGCAGCAGCGAGCAUGUCCUCCAGUAGGGCCAAGAAAGUGAAGAUGGCCACCAAGUCCUGCCCGGAGUGCGACCAGCAGGUUCCUGUUGCAUGUAAAUCAUGUCCCUGUGGCUACAUAUUUAUUAGUCGAAAACUCUUGCAUGCUAAACGUUCUGAGAGAUCACCACCCAUCACAGAAAACAAGAGUGAGGCCAAAAGGAGGAGGACAGAGAGAGUUAAGCGAGAGAAGAUAAAUUCUGCAGUAAAUAAAGACUUAGAAAACCGAAAAAGAUCCAGGUCUAACAGCCAUUCAGAUCACAGCAGAAGAGGAAGAGGAAGACCUAAAAGUGCCUCAGCAAAAAAGCACGAGGAAGAAAGAGAGAAACAAGAAAAAGAAGUUGACAUGUAUGCUAACCUUUCAGAUGAAAAGGCCUUCGUAUUUUCGGUGGCCUUGGCGGAAAUAAACAGAAAAAUUAUCAAUCAAAGACUUAUUCUGUGACUUUUAAGCACAGUGUGGUGCAGUUUAUGCAGGAUGGCUGGCAGAUGGCCAAGGUGUCAUGGACUCUCGGGAAGUGCGUUGUCUACACCAACAAGGACCAUAGUAUUUCCUGUUAAAAUUCUGCUGCUUUUCUUGGAAAUCGAAUUCUGUCUCUACCAGAAAGAAAGUGUUCACAACGCUGUGCUGUGAGAAAUCAGGAAGCAGAUAUGUUUUACGCCUUGAAGACAAUUGUUAGACAAAUGCACAGAGAGACUGCACCUAUUCCAGAGCACUUCUCUUGAAUUUGCUGCCAGAAAUGCAAUAUUUUAAAUAUUUUCAGAAAUAAAUGAUUUUCCUUUAAAAUUAUAUAUUUCAGAUUUUUCAGCUAUAUUGCAGUUUACGUAUGUACAGUUCGCAUAACUUUUUAAUAAAUUGAUAUUCCAAGAUUUUAUUGAACUGGGAAUUAAGUAUGUUUGUGAUACUCAGGGUGUGUUGGUUUUUAUCCUCUUAAAAGUCUGGUAUUCAUCCUAGAUAUGACUUGAGACUUACAUUUUUUUAAUAGGUGUGAUGUAAAUCUGAUAGGAAGAAAACUAAAGUGGUUUAAUUUGGGGGGAGAGGGCAUUUUGUUAGUGUCAUAUUGUGUAUGAAUUAGCUCUAGAAAAUCAUUCCCUGAUACAUAGAGUUGUUUUUUACAAGUCAUAUAUACUUUCUGGGGUCAGGCUCCUGAAGUUUAAGAGCUAAGCACUUGUUUUGUAACAACUGUUUGCUGGUCUCUGCCUUGCCCAGCUGGUAAGUUCUUCUGCCAUACUCUUUCUUGGGCCAUUAUUUCCUGGAGAGGGAGACAAGCAGGCAUCAGGGAUGUGGAUCUGCAGUUAGCAUCUUACUGCCAUUGCCAAAACAUGAGGAUAUGGUAGUUCGAUUUACUGUCAGUAGCUCUCUUUGCCUGCCUUUUAAAAGCGUAAUUCUUCUCACUGUUGUGUUUGGACUGUUGACUGUAAACACCAAAGCAAAAGUCUACCUGAGCUGUUUUGGGGGAAAUAGGUUUGGGGAAGACAUUCAACACAGUGGUCUUUGUUCAAGUGAUAUUGUACAACAGGAGCCAAAACUCUUCCUUUAGUAACUACAGGGGGGUUUUGUGUCACCAAGAAAAAUACCCCAAAACCUCAAGCCGUGUAAAAUCCUGUGGAAGGAGGUGUAGGAGGUAAUUACAUUCAUAAAAAUCUGAUACACUGGGGUUUUGCCACCUUUCAUUCGCCCUUUUCUGAGAAGGGGAAUGCAGCUAAAUGUUUUUUAAUUAAGUAUUACUCAUACUCUUCAGCAUCCCAUUACUUCAAUGGUGGGAAUUGCCUGAUGAGGUUCUGCUGCAGAACUGAGCUCUGGGUGGAAGCCAAGAUUUUUUUAAAAGCCAGACUAUCAAAUACUGACUGUCUGUUAGUUAUUGGUUAAAAGAAGGAACCGUGGUAGUUUCAAGUGAAGUCAGAAGGAACUGAUCAGAUGCAAACUUUGUAGGCAAAAGCAGGAAACAUGGAAAGUGAUUUUUAAUUCUUAACUCCUAAGGAAUAAUUGGGAUCCUGUUUAGCACUGGAUGAGAAGGUGGGUGUGGAAAUGAACUUAAACCAAUAAUAAACAUUUGUCUUCCAGUAAAUGAGAAAUUGUGAUCACAAGACCUACUUCCCUACAUCAUGUAGACUUCUGCUUUCCAGAGCCCCAGCCUGUCACAGAGACCAGGAGUAAAGACAGAUGAGUAACUCUUAAGGAUAGAGGUUAUGUUUGCAUGGUAAGUUGUUAAACUCAGAACGACAAAAGGAAAGUUCUGACUUUGAAAACUGAAAGAUAUGAUCAGGCUGGUGUUGCUCCUGUUGCUAGAACAAGAUUUGCUGUGAUAAGAAGGGACAAAGGAAACUGCCAAGGCAGUUUGUUGGGUGCUCUGACCUUUCCUACCUGUUCUGCUUCUUUCUGCUCUUCCACGUGGAGUUAAAGUUACUGUCAGAGGCCUGAAGUUAAUAUUGCUAGAUGUGACAAAAUUUAACUUACAAUUUUUACAUUUAGGUUGGUGCCUUCUCUAAUAAGUGCUGAAAAAUAUGUUCAUACCUCUCUGAAGUGCAAAGCUGUAUUUUCUCCUUCAUUGCUGGUGGCUCUCUGGAAAAAAAUGUUUGAGUUCUGUUUUUUUGUUUCUUCCCUUUGUCUUCCCCAGGUCUCUGCCCUCAGCUUUUCUCCACAUGUUGUCAUACUUCUUUUCUUCCCCUGCUAGCUUCCAGUUUCUUUGAGAAAGCUGUGAUGGAAGCAAGUGGCCUUGAAAAUAUCCUAGGGAUAGUGGUUCUUUGCCAAUGGAUAUGGCAAAGCAAGAGACCAGACCUUCUCUUCCCACUAACCAGAAGCAAGCCAUUCUUUUUAUAUAGACAGGACAUUUCAGCAUCUUCCCAAAGCCCUGGUAACUGUGGCAUGCCAAGACAGAUUUCUUGGAACACAUUCAGUGACUGAACUGGAAAGUCUCUGCAUUGUACAGAAGAGGCAUCAACAUGAUGGCAUCUCAGGAGCUCUCUCUUUGUGUGUUAGAAACGAUCCACGGAUGAAACACUGCAGCAAAUCAUUGUAGAUUAUAAUUGUAAAUUGUAUUUACUCUGUCUAUGAGACUAAAAUAAAGCCAGUGACAGCUAAGUGAUGAAAGAGAAAAAUUCUAUGUACUGCAGCUCUAACUUUGAAACUGCACAGUUUCUGAGAAGCAGGAAUAAAUAUGGUAACACUUCAGGAAGUUGCUUACACAAAACUUAUUUUGUGACUCUAGUUUCAGAUUUUAGGCCCUGCCUAUGACUGUCUUUGUGGUUCAGGCUGACUCCAUUUGUUUCACUGCAUUUUUUGUAGCGUGCAACCUCAGACAGAAACAGUCUUCUUUCAGAAAAAGCAAAUCAGACUGCUGUUUUUUAUGACCAAAGAAGAACAAGUAAAAUACCAGUCCAGCUCUGUACAUGUUGACUUGCCUGACUGAGUAAACUUCCUGUUAAGAACUGAAUAGUUUAUGAUUGUACUGGAGAACUGCCUGUUUGCAAACCACCAUUCAGCAAGAAAUCUGCUUCCAUUUAUUUUUCUUAAGAGCUAUGCUUGCCAGUGUUUAUAGCUUUCUGUAACAGCAUGUCUGACCAUCAAGUGAGUUCACAGUUCAGGUUUUGGCUUGAGAUUUCUUUGCAUUUCCUCUAUUCUGCUACUAGAUGGCAGCCUUAUUCUAAACAGUUCACUGUUUAUUCAGGCAUUCUUACUGUGGAGUCUGGGAAGAGUCUAUUCAGUUUUCGGUGCAAGUACCCUGAAAGAUCACUUUGCUUUGGAGCAUCACUCAUAUCUAACGUGAAAAUUUAAAAUCCUGCUGAGGGUUGUUACUGGCUCUCUGCACUGAAACAUUACUCCCCAAGUGUGGGAUGUCAGCUCUUGAGCUGUGAGAAUUGGUAAAGGUGAAUAAUUAGUCGGGACCAAAGAAUUCAGAACUUUCAGUUGGCAGUUAAAUAAAAAAUGAUUCAAGGAAACUCUUCACCUCCCCUGGAAGUCCCAUGUAUUUAAGUUUUCUUUGGUCAAAUUUUACAAACAUCUCUGAUUUUCCUGUUAUUUUUGUUCUAAUACGGUUGAUUAAAGCAAGUUGAAAAUGGGACAAAGUAUUGGGGAAUACUUUGCAGAUUAUCAUCAUCAUCAUCAUCCUGUGUUUGGGCAGGAUUUAUGGAGAGAGACAGACUAGAAAUGAGGUAUUGGCUUUGAAAAUCAGUUCCCAAACAUGGUCUAUGGGUUGAUUUUACUUAGUGCUUUAAUUUUUGUUUUGUUUUGUUUUUCUGGGUUUUUUUAUAGUGAAACAAUGACCCUAUAGGCUACUCCCAGCACUGUGUCUGUUGCUUGUCUCUUGGACUGUACUAUCAAGGAUGCUCAUUAUGUCACUGCCUAUCAGGAUGUGGUGCUUGACUGCCGUUCUGAUAACCUCUAAAGUAUUGACAACCUGUGAUUAAACAUUGUAACCAGCACGCUGUUAAACCCCUGCUCAGCUUAGGCCUUUGUGAGCUGCGGAUCGUGGGAAGGAUCCCUCUGCACCACGAACCGGGGCAGGGGUGCUGCCAUCUCCGGGUGCCUCUGUGCAAGUGAUUUGUUUGGAUCAGCAGGACGUGUUUCGAGCAAAUCUCACAGUAGCCUGUGCUCCCAGUGCUUUUGUUUGCAUCGUGGAGUGGUCGUGGGAGGCAGGAUUUAGAUUGAUUUCACAGGACACUGACCUGGAAGAUGUCUUCAGCUGUUAGGGACUGCCUGUUCUGCAGGACCAGGGCUGGAGCAGGUGUUGGGCUCUCAGUGCCAACUGUUUGACUCCACAGAUUUUGCCUGGUGCCUUCUUGCUUAUUAAGGAAAUACAGCAGACCCAAUGGAAACAAGUUUAACCAACACUUUCAGGUGAGUCUGAAAGCAAUUUAUCCUUCAAGGUAUUGACAAUGCCACUGUUUUGUCAUAGGCUUCUUACUUUUUUAUUUCACUGUGGAUUCUGGCAAAUAACCCCUAGCAAAUGCAACUGAAGCAUUUCAAGGUGUUGCUUUCUCCAGUUACUUACCUAUCCUUUUUGGAGGUUGCUACUGUAUGUAGCAGUGGUGGUAGGACAGCUCUAAUAAAUAAUAGAAUAAAUGGGUUUUUUCUUCUUUUUUUAGGCUGUCACUUUCAAAGCUCACACAAUUCUGUCUGACUGCCCCAAAGUUAUAUCUGAUUUGUCUUGUGAGAGGAAGAUGAUCAAUUUUGUUGCAUUGUGGCAGGUCAGACACUGCAAAAAUACACUGUGAUUUCAGUAGAUACUGUGAGUUCGAAAUGAACUGAAAAUAUCUGUGAAUCAAUGUACUAAAGCGUUUGGUUCAUUUUUUUUCUUGCUCUUAUUCUGAAGAGGGUUACUCAUAACUGGCAGCUGUUGAUUGGGAUGCACAAUCGAAGUAAAAAGCAAGGCGUUGAUUGGGCAGGAGGCAGUGGAACCGGAUAAAUCUGUAUUUUCUUUUUUCUGCAGAAGAAAACCUAAACCUGCUUUCAUCAAAGUUGUUUAGUUACAAGCUCAGAACAUGGUUCUCAUGAAUUGUUUGGUGUCAUCAUGCAGCAUAUCCCCAGGAAAAAGUCAGGAACUCCUUCCUUGACCUCCCUUUACCCACGUAAGGUGCUUUUCUUGGUGCUUCUUGACUUUGUACCUGAACUCUGUCUUAUAAAAGUUUAUGCCUUUGGUCUCCUGUUAUGUAUUAUUUCUCUCAAUCUCAACUCAGUCUUAAAUUUUGUUGUAAGUGUUAAGGAAUAAAUACUGUAUUUAAUCCUAGACAGUAUUGAAGACCAUAAAAUGCUGUUAAGAACAGUGAAUGUUCCAGAUACCUGGAGUACAAAUAUUAAUAGUCUGGCAGUUCUCCAAGUUUCAGUUUUGUCUUGGAAUGUACAGCUUUUGAAUAUUUUAUGGAAAAUACCUUGCUAAUAAAGACAAAUGUUCAGACUGA